AAAUUUAUCAACCACCCACCACCACCAUGACCAUCACUGUCGGCGUCGCCGGAAUCACCGGCAAGUUCGCUCGCCUGGUCGUCAAGAACCUCUUCGCAUCCCCAGAUGUCCACAUUCGUGGGCUUUGCCGCAACCCAUCCAAACUUCCCGAGCAAAUACGCACGUCUCCACGGGUGACUAUCAUCAAAGGCGAAGCAGACAACCUCGAGACACUUCAAACCUUCGUCCACGGCUGCGACGUCGUGGUCUGCUGCUACCUUGGAGACAACACAUUCAUGACCGACGCACAGAAACUCCUAGUUGAUGCAUGCGAGGCUGAAUCCGUGCCCCGUUACGUGGCCAGCGACUACUGCCUGGACUUUACCAAGCUCGAAUAUGGCCAGCACCCAGCCAAGGACCCCAUGAAGGCCGUCAAGGCGCAUCUGGAAACCAAGCAGACCGUCCGCGGGGUGCAUGUGCUGAUCGGUGCAUUUAUGGAGACCUUCUGGAGCGGGUACUUUGGCAUUUGGCACCCGGAUGACUUCAAGCUGUCUUACUACGGGAAUGGCGACGAGGUGUGGGAAUCGACAACGUAUGACACGGCGGCAGAGUACGUCGCCGCCGUAACGAUGGACCCGUCUGCAGUCGGAUUGCAGCACUUCCUCGGUGAUCGGAAGAGUAUCCGACAAAUCGCCGACGAAUUCGCCGCCGUGUAUGGCAAGAAACCGCGGCUCGAACGGUUGGGGUCGCUCCAGGAUCUCUAUGACACUAUGCAAGCAACCUGCCAGAAAGACCCGUCGAACAUCUUCGCCUACUUGGCUCUGUAGGUACUUGCCGUCAUCACAUAUGCGCGUUGCUGACCGGGCCAGGUUCUAUCAAUACUACUGCACGAACGGACAAACGUAUCUGAAGCGCGAUCUGGACAAUUCCCGGUAUCCGCAGAUCGUGCCGGUUUCGUUCAAAGGGUUUAUGGAGUCUCACGCGAUGGAUCAGUUGACUGAUACGUAUCAGAACGCGGGGUCGACUGUGUAACUCUGGUGAAGAAGUAUUGCGUUGUUCGUGAUCUUCGUGAAUCGGAUUAUGUAUCACAUUCAUCCCCCGGCACGUGCUCGCCCUGUCGAUUUACAGCUGGUAGCAAGAGCACUUCCGUGGUUUUCCAGUUGUUGAAGAA